AUGGCUGGGGGAGAGUGGUCCCGGCGACUCCUUCAACUGCUCUUGCUCGCUUGGGCAGGUCUGUGUCUAUUGUGGUGCACGUACUUCUACGUGAACUUGCCUGUGAUCUCGAUUGAGGAUGCUGAAGUGUGUCCGAGCGGAUCUGAGCUGGGAGGUGUCGAGACAUGCAAUGCGACACGCCGGGAGGGGCCGUGCUUCGGAGGAACCUUGGAAGUCCCGUGCAGAUGUGCAGAGGGCUACCAGCCUUACAUCCACAGGUUCACUCUUGCACAAGAGGCCUAUGAAUUUCGCUGCUGCUCGCAAAGCGACAGAAGUAUAGAAGGGCCUCCGUGUGGGGAUCCGGCCCUGUUGGGCGUGCUGGCCCCGCUCUUCAUGGGCGUCGGCGCCUUCGGAUUCCUGGUGUGCGUCUACUUCAUCCACUGCGCCACGGCCGCCCCUGAAUCGUUGAGGCCCGAGGACCAGGAAAUCGAAGCUCCCGUCGUUCGGGACGGCGCGCAUCUUCACAAUUCUGUGGAGAUGAGGAAAUGGGCCGUCUCCCUCAGCGAUAUUCAGCAGUUUCGCCGGCUCGUUCUUGAAGCCGUCCGUGAUGGGAGGAUCAAGCCUACCGACCGGGACGCCUUCGAUCCUUCCGAUUUCACUCAAGGGCCCUCCAUGUACACGGUGACGGAGCAGUACAUCAAGCCUGUGACAGAGGCCGCAGGAAAGAUGAGCUGGGCGUUGAUGAAGCACCCAGAGGGCCUCGCCUGCGAUCUCUUCAUCACCCACGGCUGGUCCGAGGGCAUCUUCGAGUUCGCAGACAAGGUCACAUACUGCUGGCCCAGAGGUGCCACAGCUGCGUACGUGUGCUUCCUGUCCAACCCCCAGAAUCUGGACAUCGGCCACCUCAUCGCCUCCCCGGAGGAGUCGCCUUUUGCACGGGCCCUGACGGCCUCCCAGCAGAUGCUGGUGGUUCCGAACCAUCAGGCGAGCAUCUACACCCGCAUCUGGUGCGUCUACGAAGCUUUUUUGGCCUACACCCUGAAGAAGCCCAUCCGCACUGCGCUCUCGCCAGUCAGCUGUUUCUGGCCGCGGGUGCUUCGGGUUUUCUUCGCGUGCGUUGCGAGCCAUGGUCUCGGGUUCUUGCUCAUUGCUGGAUCUCCUCCAAGCAGAAGGGCGGAGAUGUUUGCCUACGAGGCUGCAGGCAGCAUUGUGAUGCUUCUCUCUUCCCUGGUCAUGAUCUUCUUCUUCAAGACCCGGCGGCCUGCAAGUCGGAUCCUCGAGCUCAUGAUCUAUGUUUACGGCGCUGCUUUGCCAGCCUACUUCAUCCCAAGGGCGUAUGGCCGUGGGAUCAAGAGGGACACCAGUGUGAUGAUUUAUGUGAUCGCACCCUUCAUCUGUGCCGGUCUUGAGACAGACCGCUUGCUGGCAAGGGCGCUGCUGGUGCAGUCGCAGCAACUGAAGGUGGGCUUUCAAGGAAUACAUCAUGCUGAGAGUUCGAAUCCUGCGGAUCGGGAGAGGAUCCAAAAUGAGAUCGAAUCACAAGGGGUGGAAGCUGAAGUGGAUGAUGCUAUUUCUGUGUUGCUGGACAUGGGCCAGUCGUCAUCCGGACUGCGCAAGGUGACCAAGCAAACCGGUCCCUUGGGCGAUAUCUCCACGUGGAGUCGCACGCUCUUCUUUGUCAGCUUGAACUAUUGGAUCACCAAUGCGAAUCAGCUCUGGACAGGGCGCGUCUUGGGGAAUGACCCUCGGCGCAUGCCGGAUUGGCUUCGCCCGGUGCUCUUUGGUACGGCUCUGCUCGAGUGUGUCACCUUCCUCAUUAUGUUCAUCCUCCUCCCUCCGCAUCGGAAGGCCUUCGCUGAGAGGACCGAGAUCUUGAUUGUGAUCUUCCUGAUGGUGGCCUCCAGCAUCUCUUUUCAGGGGCCGCCUUACGAGUAUGCCUACGCCUUCUUCCUGAACCCGCUGAUUCUUUGCCUCUCCUUCGCUGGUCCGGCGAAGGUGGCCCGGGUUCCCAUCAUCGGCGCGCCUUUCGUCCGGGCCCUCUUUGGCCGGAACCCUUUCCGAGCCACGGAGCUCCAGAGAAAGACCACCCUUCCGAAGGAAGAGGUUGGGAAGGAACCAGAAGUGCUUAGCUUCUAA